GGAGGAUCCAUUACCUAGACUCUUAUACCACAACCAACAUCUUUGUAAUCACCAUCCUGAUAACUAACUGACACCCUGAUUCGAUUCGUCACGUCACUGCCUGUCUCCGGGGCGAUCGCUUCAUUCUUCAAAAACACCAGACUGUCUCUAUCCACUUGUUCGCCCGCUCAUUGCAUCAUGCAGCUAUAAUAAUACACACAUGGCUAGUGCAGGAUCAACGGAACAAAUCCUCCAACCUCUUUUUCUCGCUGCCACCCGCACCUGAUAUAUAUCACCUCGGCGCCUGUUCUGUCUAUAAAGCUCCAUACUCAGAUUAUAACGAACGGAAGGGGCAUUUGAAUUGCGGGGGUUUUCAGGCUUCACGCGAUAGCUACGGCUAGAAGCUCUUGUCGCCCAUAGAAUCAGUUUUUCGCAGACUUCAUUCCAACAUGAGUUUAGAUCGCCAGGAAGCAGCUCAGCGCGAUGGGGGGGCGGAGCAGGGUGCUCUGUCGAAACUUUCACAGUUCCCCCCUUCAAACACUGUCAAGGAAACAUUUCAAGAGAAAACCCCAACCUUCCUUGAUCAGGCUAAGACUCGACUUGCAGAGCCCAUCACCGCAGCCUUCUUUGCGGGAGGCGUAGCGGGUGCUGUAUCCAGAACCAUUGUGUCUCCCCUUGAACGUUUAAAAAUUUUGCUCCAGAUACAAAGCAUCGGCAGAGAAGAGUAUAAGUUAUCUAUAUGGAAAGCCCUUAAAAAGAUUGGGAAGGAGGAGGGCUGGCGUGGUUUUCUACGGGGAAACGGGACAAACUGUAUUCGCAUUAUCCCGUAUUCCGCAGUCCAGUUCGGGAGCUACAACUUUUACAAAAGAUUCGCUGAAACAUCCCCAAACGCGGACCUAUCCCCAUUACGCCGACUUCUUUGCGGAGGAGCUGCUGGGAUAACCUCAGUAGUCGUCACUUACCCUCUUGAUAUUGUCCGGACUAGACUUUCUAUUCAAUCGGCUUCUUUUGCCGCUCUCAGACAGGAACAUGUUGGCGAAAAAUUACCGGGCAUGUUUACGACUAUGGUCUUAAUUUAUAAAAAUGAGGGCGGUUUCGUUGCUCUUUACCGUGGCAUUGUACCAACUGUCGCCGGUGUCGCGCCAUAUGUCGGACUCAAUUUUAUGACGUACGAAUCAGUUCGAAAAUACCUAACGCCCGAAGGAGAAACCACACCGGGUCCUUUGCGGAAGCUCCUCGCCGGAGCUAUUUCGGGAGCAGUAGCGCAAACAUUCACAUAUCCAUUUGAUGUCCUCCGACGGCGUUUUCAGAUUAAUACGAUGUCCAGUAUGGGUUACCAAUAUACCUCCAUUCUGGAUGCGGUGAGAGUUAUUGUUGCUGAAGAAGGCAUCCGCGGCCUUUUUAAAGGCAUUACACCCAAUCUUCUCAAAGUAGCGCCUAGUAUGGCGAGCAGCUGGCUUAGCUUUGAAUUGAUUCGGGACUUUCUUCUUCAGUUGGACGAGAAGUAAUAAUCAUUGGCGGCGGAUCACCUUGCCCAUCAGACCAAUAUUUUGAACAGGUCGACUACGAAACUAUGGAUCUAGUGCUCUAUGAUCGUUGGAUCGAAUGCAGCGAGUCAGAAGGCUCGCGGCUCUUCAUGGCCUAUAUCUUGAAGAUUCUGUAAAGAUACACUUUUUUUUUUUAGAGAGGAUGCA